UCUGCAACAAGAUCACAACGUCAUUACAAGUCAAAUCAUAAGAUAAAUCAUAAUACGUAGGUAACAAUAAUACGUUCUCUCUAGUACGUUCAUAAUUAUGUUAUCAAUUGUUAAACCUCCUACAAAUUAUAAAUUUGCGUAAAAAACUGAUUCUGUUGAAGAUAAGACUCACUUUAGGUCAGUAACUUUUACAGAGACUUUUGUAGAUGUAACGAUAGAGCGUAAAUUAAAUUUAUUAAUUUCGUAUUAUAAUAAAUGUUGUGGUAUAAUUUUGUGCUAUUAAUCGGCUGGAGUGCAGCUCAAAAUGAAGAUCGCUGGUCGUGGGGCGUGGUGGAGGAGUCAGCCCCUGACAGAACUACAGUAGCUACCGUAACCCGCACAACAGCAUCUACCAUUACUGCUAAGUUUCAGGCUGAUAACUCUGAGCCGGUCGAAAAUAAGAAUACGUGGGGCUACGUGAACGUUACAGAAGUCACGGACGCACUACAAGACACGGCCGCGCACGACGUCUGUGCGCCCUUCAAUGCUCCUGUACCGAACUACAGCGCGCCUCACAGACGGACCAUACAAGUCAAAUGCUACGAAUACAUUUGGCUGAUAAAAUACAGGGAACAAACAAUCUUGAAAAAUGAAGCGUGUAAACGACAUCGUUUAAAUUUGCCUAAAGAUGUAAAUCCCCCUUCCGGUGAAAGAUAUACAUAUCAGGGAGAGUUUCCUCACAUGGGCAUCAUAGGCUGGAAGGAGAAAGAGGGCGACUACAUCUUCAUGUGUGCUGGCUCCCUCAUCAGUGCCAAGUUCGUGAUAACUGCGGCGCACUGCACCAACUUACGUGUCCCGAGGGUGGAGAAGCCUACCCCUGAUAUUGUGAGGUUUGGCGAUAGAAGUAUUGUGCCCGAAGCAGCAGAUGCAGAAUUUACAGUGGAGUCUAAAAUACACCGUAUUAUAAUACAUCCAAACUACAAACAUCCAAAACUUUACGAUGACAUUGCGCUACUGGAGCUUGAAAAGGAAACAGCAUUCACGAAAUUUAUUCAACCAGCUUGCCUUUAUCAUAAAGCUGAUAUCAGUAAGCUAUAUACCAAAAUGAAGGUGACAACAUGGGGCUGGCAGAUAGAAAGCUCAGAUAAUCCCAAGCAGAAAGUAGCGGUGUUCGAUAUGGUGGAUGAUUCGAACUGUGAUCGGAUGUUGACGGAGCGUUGCAAUAGAAGGUGGUGCGGCUUGAAAAACCAGCUCUGUGUGGUCGGUGACGGAGACAGAGACACUUGUCAGGGUGACUCCGGAGGCCCCCUUCAAGUGGAGAUUCCGCUGCCGACUUCUCAGGGGAAGAUCCACUACGUCAUCGGCAUAUUCUCCUUUGCUUCUUGUGGCCGUAGUGGCGCCCCCGCGGUCAACACCAGGGUCGCCGGGUACCUCGACUGGAUAGAGAGUAUCGUGUGGCCUUCAUCAUAGUCGGACAGGAGUAGGCUACUGUGCAUACCUCUAGCAUUUAUAAGUGGGGAUGGAGCAGCAGCUUGCGAAUGCGGACCAAUAACAGACCAUUGACAUUAGGGCGUGCAAAACCGGUUUUGAGUUUGCGGUUUUCAGCCUCAAAACCGGUAACCGGUUUUUCACCGGUUUUGAUCUAACUUAUAUAUAUUUUUUCAUACAGUACAAAUUAAACAAGAAACCCAUAUUCUUAGAUAGAGAUAUCCACAAAACAUACGAAUAAAACAUUUUUUUAUGAGAUACUUACGG